AUGAGUUUCGGUGGAUUUGUAGACAACGAGGGUCAAGCUUCAAGAAUAAACCCUUUGGUUAAUAAACACAGACAAAUAGUCAGAGAGGAAUAUGAGCAAAAAAGCGGUUAUCCAGACGAAGAUGAUGAAUUUGACGAUGGACAGGCCGACGAGGAAGACGAGAGCCCAGAGGGAGACGAGGAAGAAGAGGAAGAGGAGGAGGAUGAGGAGGAUGAAGAGGAGAUGGCCUGUGCCGGCUAUAGUGGAAUGGCUCUGCCAAGAAGAAGUAUGGAAGGAGAAGAUGGGGAUAAAGAAGAUGAGGAAGAUGAGGAGGAUGAAGAGGAAGCGGAAGAAUGGGAGGCCAUCCGACAGGAAACGGAACGCCAAGCAAAGGCGCAAAUGGAAAAAGCCCGAACCUCCAAAGUGGCUUUCGCAGUCAGGACAAACGUGUCUUUCGACGGAGCUCUCGAGGCGGACUGUCCAGUUCCGGGGCGAGCUGUUAGUUUCCAGGUCAGCGCUGUGAUUCUGAUUAAGGAAGAAGACAUCACUGUUGAGGGAGAUUAA